AUGAAGGCCCCACACGUGACUAACGUGAAGGCCCCACACGUGACUAACAUGAAGGACCAACACGUGACUAACAUGAAGGCCCCACACGUGACUAACAUGAAGGACCCACACAUGACUAACAUGAAGGCCCCACACGUGACUAACAUGAAGGCCCCACACAUGACUAACAUGAAGGACCCACACAUGACUAACAUGAAGGACCAACACGUGACUAACAUGAAGGCCCCACACGUGACUAACAUGAGGUCCCCACACGUGACUAACAUGAGGGCCCCACACGUGACCUCUAUGAAGGCCACACACGUGACUAACAUGAAGGCCCCACACGUGACUAACAUGAAAACCCCACACGUGACUAACAUGAAGACCCCACACGUGACUAAUAUGAAGGACCAACACGUGACUAACAUGAAGGAAACACACGUGACUAACAUGAAGGCCCCACACGUGACUAACAUGAGGUCCCCGAACGUGACUAACAUGAAAACCCCACACGUGACUAACAUGAAGACCCCACACGUGACUAAUAUGAAGGACCAACACGUGACUAACAUGAAGGAAACACACGUGACUAACAUGAAGGCCCCACACGUGACUAACAUGAGGUCCCCGAACGUGACUAACAUGAAAACCCCACACGUGACUAACAUGAAGACCCCACACGUGACUAAUAUGAAGGACCAACACGUGACUAACAUGAAGGAAACACACGUGUCUAACAUGAGGUCCCUGAACGUGACUAACAUGAGGUCCCUACGCGUGACUAACAUGAGGGCCCCACACGUGACUAACAUGAAGGCCCCACACGUGACUAACAUGAGGUCCCUGAACGUGACUAACAUGAAGGUCCCACACGUGACUAACAUAAAAGCCCCACACGUGAAUAACAUGAAAGACACACACGUGACUAACAUGAAGGCCCCACACUUGAAUAACAUGAAAGACACACACGUGACUAACAUGAAGGCCCACACGUGA